CGUCGACCAUGCAAUGGUCCCUUUGGACUUUGUUUCUAUCUCUUGUCGUGCCGACCCUCGCUAUAUGGCCAUUCUCGCCGAAGCGAUUUACUGGAAACUCACUCGUUGGUGCCGGGUCGAGAGGAAUAGUACUCGGUGAAAGGGCGAUCGCGUUCGGGGACUUCAAUGGGGACCAAUUUCUAGAUGUUCUCAUGCUCGACGAGGACCGACAGACUCUGAUUGUAUACCUCUGGGACCACGCCGAUUUUGAGUUCAAGGAAUCUGCGUCGUUCAGAUAUCCAGUAGUGGUGGAGAAUGUCGUCCCUGGCGACUUUACGCACUCAGGAAAGCUGGAUUUGUUAGUUAUGGGUCGCAGCAGAGCCGGCAGCACCGUCGACAUGGUGCUGUACCCUGCAUUACCUGGCGGUGGCUUCGAUGUGGCGAGCCCAAUUUCCGUGACAGCCUCCAAAGCCCCUCAGCCAAUACCCGUCGAUUUGGACGGUGACAUGAAGAUUGACCUCUUGGGAAUAACAUCCGACUCUGACAAGCCAUUGAAGGCGUGGCAGAACGUAUGGAACGCCUCGCAGGCACACUCAACGCUGUUCAACAUCAUUGAUCCAGAAUUUCAUGGCACACAGUGUACCCUUGCUUCUCCUCACAGCAAUGCAGUCGUAGACCUCAACGGGGAUUGUCUUGCAGACGUCUUCCUCGUAUGCGAUGUCGGCGGAGGCAGGCGGUCCUUCCAGAUCUGGGUCAACGAGAAAGACGACGGAUUCUAUCUCGCACAACAAGGCACUCUUCCUUCUGGCGUCCAAGCCAUCUCCUUUGCCGAUAUCGACCGCGACGGGACCAUCGACAUGAUAUUCCCCACCUGUUCCUCCAUAUCAACCUCCAGCGGUCUUGGAAGAGACUGCUACAUAAACAUCGCCUACAAUAAGCAACUGCCUCUCUGUGCCUCAUCUACCCAACCUUCUGUUGUCAGAGGUGUUCGCAAGUGUCGGUCCCCCGAGAGCCUGUGCAUCGCGGAUCCAGACUUCAAGUUCGACUUGAGAGAUAGCAGUGACAACGAUGCCUUCGCACGGUUUCCUGUGUCUUCCCUCGGCAGCGGCUCGCUCCUGGUCCUUGACACUUCGCUUUCUCCGGCGGUGCCUCUGCCUAUCAAGCUAGGCGACGCGAACCUGGACGGGUUCCCUGAUCUGCUACUCAUAAUUGACCACACACCAAAGCUUGUGUUUUCAGUCCCGUGCGAGAAGGGUGUGACAGGUUGUGCCAAGGACGGUAGUGGAAAACGGGGCUGGCGUGUCGAGAAGAAGGGCACGGAAGUGCUCGAUUCGAUCAAGGAUGCGCGAAGUGUAUCUUUUGUGGAUAUGGAUGAAGAUGGCACAUUGGAUAUUAUGGUGCAACGAACUGGCUCGGAGAAAAUACUGUUCGUGCAGAACAAUUUUUACUAUGACGCAUUCUUCCUCAAAGCUAUCGUGUUGAAUGGCGCAUGCAAUAAUGGAUGGUGUUAUGGUCCCAACGGAACUCGAUAUCAUCCAUUCGGUGUGAGCUACUCCGGCGCCUCAUACAAGUACACCAUCCUCGAUACCUCUGGGCGUCGCUCCGCAGCGCAAAUCGGCCAGCUCCCCCAGACAUCCUACCAUGCACUCCAGUCGCCCUAUUCCUUCUUCGGCUUAGGUCGGACGAACAACUACAUUGAGAACCUCUUCGUCGGGAGCACCAUGCAUGUGGAUGAGCAUUACAUUAACAUCGAGGGUGUCAUACCCAACUCAAAGGUAGUUAUACUACCUGGACAGGAUGGCGCGGCGUGGAAGAGGCAGCUGUUUUUGAGGCCGGGCAAGUGGAUUCCGUGGGUGACGGUGACGGUUGUGGUGGGAACCAUCCUGUUGGCGGUGAUUGUGCUGAUAUUGCAUCUGAAUGAAAAGAGAGAAGACGAGCUGGAGAGACGGAGGGCGUCGCACCAUAUCAAUUUUGAUGCGCUGUAAGAUCUUGGAUAUAUUGGCACUUUAAUUGUACACUACAUAUACGCUAGUUCUUUCUUUCUUUCGAUAAUUAAGUUUCCCUCCUUGACGGAACUUACAGAAACUUCACACUCCACAAGGCUCGUAGCUGACUACAUUCCCCCAAUUGUUUCAGGUGAUGAAUGAAGAUAACGAGGGCAGUCACGCAUGUCCCCAAGCCGAAUGAAUAUAAAUCAAAUCACCCCGAG